ACUUUUUUUCUUGAUUUUUACUUUUGGUUUUGAUUAAUGAUUUUUUGAUUGAUAAAUACUGAAUAUUUACAUUGAAUGAUUUAAAAAAAAAAGUAUUAUAUAUUACUUGAUUUUUAAUUAAAUGGGGAAAAUUUAUUAAUUAUUUUUGGUACAUAAUUACUGCAUUCAGCUUUUUUUCUUUACUUCGUAGACAAUAACAAAGCUUUUACAAAUUACAAAAUGGGUGAUGAAAAUCAAAGUGACGACGUUUCUCAGGCAGCGUUGGAUAAUGUAAAGGAGAACGAACAAAAAGAAAAUGGUGAUGCCGUUAAAUCAGACAAAAUUAAAGUCGACAUUUUACUGAAGGCAACUGGCAACGCGCCUAUUAUGAAGAAAAAGAAAUGGGCAGUUGACGCUGAGAAACCCAUUGGCUGGAUAAUGGAGUUUGUCAAGAAAUAUCUUAAACUUGAACCUGAAGAGAAACUGUUCCUCUAUGUAAACCAGACCUUUGCACCUUCACCUGAUCAAAUAAUCAAGAACUUGUACGAAUGUUUCGGCACAGACGGUAAACUGGUGUUGCAUUAUUGCAAAACUCAAGCAUGGGGCUGAUUUGUGUUGGGCGUUUGCUGUGUUUAAAUCAUUUAAUUGUUAUUAUAAGUUGAUCUCAGGCAAUGCGAUUUCAUUCUUUAUAGUCGGACGCAAUCUUUAUGAUGUCUCUGAAAUAAGCCACACUUAUAAGCGCAGGUCAUAUAUGAAACACGAAUAUACUAUAAUACUAUAUUUGAACGCUUUUUUAACUACCGUUAUAAAAACCCUCGCGCGGAUGAGGGCUUACACACGAUGCCCGGUAACGUAACGUAGAGUGCAUCCAACUAUACUAGCUUAUGCUCGCAACUUCACGUCAAGGUAAUAUUAUAAUCAAGGUCUGGUCUGGUCUUCAACCGGUCUACACUAUAAUAUUAUAAAGAGGUAGAGUUUGUGAAGUAAUCUCCGAAUACACUGAACUGUUUUUUUAAAAGUAUGUUUACCAAUAGAAAACCACAUUAUUUGUUAGUGUCAUAGAUUUUAUUAUAUCCUACAGGAACAUUAACUAGAAAGGAUAUAUGAUAAUAUUCAUUAAAUCUAUACCAAUAUUAUAAGGCUGAAGCGUUUGUUUAAACCAUGUACGCGCUAAUCUCAGGAACUCCGAUUUGAAUUUUUUUUUUAGUGUUAGUUUUAAGCCCAUUUAUCGAGGAAGUCUGUAUACCAUAUACUAUGCGUAUCCCUACGGGAACGGGAACCACGCAGGUGAAAUCGCGCGGCGUCAGCAAGUAGAAUAUAGAAAUAGUGGUUUUUAUUUUAGAUAGUCGUGAUAAAGGUAAAUUAAUCUGUUUUUCAAAUAAAUUAUCAUAUACUGCACCUAACAAUGCGUUCAAUUGUUAAGGAACUCACAAAGAUUUUUAUUUUGUAUUUUUAAAUUAAGUUCAAGAGUUAUUAUUAAAAACUAUUCAAUUUAUAUGAGUUAAGUGUGCUAUUUUCUAAGAUUUAAAUAUUGGGAUACAAAUUAUGAAAAUAAAAAGCAUAUUUAUUGUA